AUGCAUGGUCUCGGCCUCGAUCUUCGUCUGAAAGUCUCCCGGGUGGAUCUGAUUGAUAACCUGCGUGCUCAGUUCGUCUGCCGCAAGUUAGACACUAUGGUUGGUCGUCCUUUGUACCGGGUCAAUGUCCCAGGGGGAGUGACUGCAGACAAAGUAGUUCCUUCUGAAGAUGGGCUUGGGCUCAGCCUUACUGAUCUCGUAGAUGUAUCUGAUGACAUACCUUCGCCAAAGUAUCCAUUCUGA